AUGUAUGAAAACAUGUCCACAAUGGUGUAUUUAAAGGAAGAGAAGUUGGAGAAGCUCACUCAAGAUGAAAUCAUUGCCAAAACUAAGCAAGUGAUUAAUGGACUAGAGGCAUUGAAGAAUGAACACAAUUCAAUUUUACAGAGCUUACUUGAAACACUGAAAUGUUUGAAGAAAGAUGAUGAAACUAAUCUGGUUGAAGAAAAAUCAAACAUGAUUCGAAAGUCACUGGAAAUGCUGGAGCUUGGCCUUAGUGAAGCACAGGUAAUGAUGGCCUUGUCAAAUCACUUAAAUGCAGUGGAAUCAGAGAAGCAGAAAUUGCGUGCUCAGGUUCGCCGGCUAUGCCAGGAAAAUCAGUGGCUACGGGAUGAACUAGCCAAUACACAACAGAAACUACAGAAAAGUGAGCAAUCUGUGGCUCAACUGGAGGAAGAGAAGAAACAUCUAGAAUUCAUGAAUCAAUUAAAAAAAUACGACGAUGAUAUUUCACCAUCAGAGGAUAAAGAUACGGAUUCCACCAAAGAGCCUUUGGAUGACUUAUUUCCCAAUGAUGAAGAUGACCAAGGACAAGGAAUUCAACAGCAGCAUAGCAGUGCAGCAGCUGCUGCCCAACAAGGUGGCUAUGAAAUUCCAGCAAGAUUAAGGACCCUUCAUAAUCUUGUUAUUCAGUACGCUUCCCAAGGUAGAUAUGAGGUUGCUGUACCUCUCUGUAAACAAGCUCUUGAAGAUCUGGAGAAGACUUCGGGUCAUGAUCAUCCUGAUGUUGCCACUAUGUUGAACAUACUUGCUUUGGUGUACAGAGACCAGAACAAAUAUAAAGAUGCAGCAAAUCUCCUGAAUGACGCCUUGGCUAUCCGCGAAAAGACUUUGGGCAAAGAUCAUCCAGCGGUGGCAGCAACUCUAAACAAUCUUGCAGUACUUUAUGGUAAACGGGGGAAGUACAAAGAAGCUGAACCAUUGUGUAAGCGAGCUCUGGAAAUCAGAGAAAAGGUUCUGGGGAAAGAUCACCCUGAUGUUGCCAAACAAUUAAAUAAUUUGGCUUUACUAUGCCAGAACCAGGGUAAAUAUGAGGAGGUUGAAUACUACUAUCAGAGGGCACUGGAGAUUUACCAAACUAAGCUAGGACCAGAUGAUCCAAAUGUUGCAAAAACAAAGAAUAACCUGGCAUCCUGCUAUCUAAAACAGGGCAAAUUUAAGCAAGCAGAAACUUUAUACAAAGAGAUUCUUACUCGUGCUCAUGAACGGGAAUUUGGCUCUGUAGAUGAUGAAAAUAAGCCUAUUUGGAUGCAUGCAGAAGAAAGGGAAGAAUGCAAAGGAAAACAAAAAGAUGGCACGUCUUUUGGAGAAUAUGGUGGCUGGUACAAAGCUUGCAAAGUUGACAGUCCAACAGUAACAACUACCUUAAAGAACCUUGGGGCACUUUACAGACGACAGGGCAAAUUUGAAGCUGCUGAAACAUUAGAAGAGGCAGCAAUGAGAUCUCGUAAACAGGGUCUUGACAAUGUUCAUAAACAGAGAGUUGCUGAAGUGCUGAAUGACCCUGAGAGCAUAGAAAAAAGGCGAAGCCGAGAAAGUCUCAAUGUUGAUGUGGUAAAGUACGAGAGUGGUCCUGAUGGAGGCGAGGAAGUGAGUAUGAGCGUAGAAUGGAAUGGGGAUGGCACUGGAUCUUUAAAACGCAGUGGUUCCUUUAGCAAACUUCGUGCUUCCAUUAGACGCAGCAGUGAGAAGCUGGUUAGAAAGCUGAAGGGAGGAAGUUCACGAGACAGUGAACCAAAGAAUCCAGGCAUGAAGCGUGCCAGUUCUCUGAAUGUUCUUAACAUGGGUGGCAAGGCUACUGAAGAUCAUUUUCAAGAACGAAAUAAUUGUCUGACAGACUCGAGAGCUCUGAGUGUCAGUCAUACUGAUUUGGCGCAUUGAGGUUCUUGGACAGAAGCUAGCUAAAAUUCCUUGGUGAAUAAAGAAGCACUGAGACCUUCAAAGCUUUGGUUCCUCAUCAUUAUGUAUAGGAACGCCUAGUCUGUAGAUUUUGUUGGGUUUUUUUCCAAUGGACUGCUGUUUUUACUUUUCUAAAUAGGAACGAUUUUAAACACAGCGUUAGUGGGUAUUUUCUUCUAAAGGAGAACUAUAUAGAUAUAUAUUGCUCAUUGCACUGCUCCCAUUCAUGCUACUUACAUCGAUUUCUUUAAUAGGUCUGAAUAUUACAGCAGCCAAAAAAAACGUAAAAACACAAACAUAUUUAAAGCAUACCAAAAUGCAAAGAUGUUUGAAAAUGCAGGCAAAACUAAAUGUGUAGCAGUAAAUAUAUACAGUGCUGGAAUGAGAAAAGGAUAAAUGUAUGUGCAUUACUGUAUAAAUUCAAAUUGAGCAUACUGUAUUGGUGGGGCUUUCCUUUGCACCACGGAUUAGUGUAAUAUUAGAAACCUUAGCUGGCAAAACAGCGCUUAGACACGGCUUACUUAACCACUAGAUUGAGCUAUUAAAUUUUACGGAGGAGAUGGUUGGGGUUACAUUACCUGUAGAUAGCAUGAAUAGCAAUACCUGUGACCGUAACUUUGACACUUACUGAUGUAAGUCUUAGGGCACAAUAAUCGAUGGAGAUAGGAUGGUUCACGUUGAUCAGGAGAAAUGGAAAAUGUUUUGACCCUUACCUUGUAUGGUUGAUGAAUACUGAAGUUUUGGACUGCAACUGUCCCAGAGCGGCUGCUGUUGCUCUUAGGGAGACACCAAGCCUCAGGUUGACUUUCUUGCUCGUCCACUGGAAUUCACAAUCCCGUUCUCUGUUUGCUGAACGUGCUCCGACGUUUCCUUAGGCUGAUCCCAGAUCCUGCCUUUCUCCGUAAUAGCUGAUGACAGCAGAAGCAGGCAACUGCAGGCUAGGCUGUUACACUGUGGAGUAGCUGCUGUGCAAAGGACCGCUCCAAUCUGAAGGGCCCCAGUGGAAGCACUAGAUGGCUGUAAGUGGCAAGCACUUCGUUUGGCCACACAUCCAUGUUAAAUCUACUUACGGUUAAUAUAUAUGCUGUCUGUAUACGGGACUGCUGCUGGAACAAAGUAUGUAUGUUUUAAGUAUUUUAUAGGCACUAGUAUUUCCUUUCGCGUUUCUGUAAAGCUUGUCAUUUUGUUCAUCUUUUGUAAAAAUUCUUAUUCAUGUGAAGUUGGAUGAGAAAGUAAAAAAAACCAACCAGCGUGUGUACAAAUGCAUUUGUGGUCACAGUUGUGAGUUGGAAAAUGCUGAACGAAACGAACUUUGGGAAAAGCUGGAAUAUUCAUUCAAGGUUAGCGCCAACUGAAGGAGGUAACACACAGGGACACGAGCAAGUUUUAGUAUUUGAACAGGCUGUGAAGGGUCAGUAGAAUUAGUACUUCUACGAAGUAAUCGACUGGCUUCGCAUCUGGCUUUAAGUUGUGUUACAAUACCCGAUGCAAAAAGUUGUAUGUGUGAUGCACUUGACGAUGUUUGCCGGGAGGUACCUUAUUAGCAUCUCUUUAAGGAAAGCUGCGUAUGGUGUACCUGCUAUAAGGACGGUUUAGAAACGGUGGGAUAUGAUGCUGCUAAUACGUAGAAGUUUCAGCACAGAGUAGUGCAAUUCAUUAAUGAACUCGAGCCGAGAACAAGUUAGUUGUUGCUCGGUUACUUAACAAUAUUUACUCAUAUAAUGUAGACUCGUGAGUUUUAAUCUUUUUAUUAAGAGCUUUUUAUAUAAAAAUAUACAUAAUAUAUAUACAUUUUUCCCCUAAAGCAAAACAUGUUAUAUGCACCCAUUGGUGAAUUCGGUUCUCUGCACAAAGCCAGACUGAGCCAGCUUUGCACAAAGAACUGUGCGUCGGGUUGCCAGGCUGGGUGGGUACCCGUGUCCAACCGACAGGGGCGGGGGAGAUGGCGGGAAACCCCUGCCACCGCCGCCGUCGCUUCACUGGACAGCCUGCGAUGGCGUCAUCUGUCCCUCUGGCAGGACCCCCGAGAAACCCUCGCUGCAAACACCCCUGGCAGUCAGCCCGUUUCACACCGGCACGAUGCUACUGCCAUAGGAGUGGCUCAGUGGGCCUUGUAACGCGGGGUUCUGUGGAGCUCGGUGCUUCACGUAGAGACGGUUAUAAAAGUCUGACUUCCAAAAAAGCCCACAAAACUAUUUAGAUGCAGAACUGAUUCUCGUAGUAAGGAAUUACUGAAAAGAAAUUGAAGAAUGUGUUUUCUACAUUCAUCUUUCAACUUUGAAGGAAAAUUACUUUUGCAGCUUCUCAA